UACCACUGUCAGAUCAAGAACAGUGAGUAACUGACCUAUGAUAGGAGCCAAUGACUUGAGCCCACGUGCGCCUAAUGAGCUGAAUUGGUAGUUUAGUCAGAAUAGGAGUUAGGCCUACCAGAGGGGUGAAAACUGCAUCGACUCUUUGGAUACAUACAUACAUACAUAUGAGAUUUACACAUAAGGUCUCACAGUGCCCGAUUUCCAUUGAGUGACUGGCAAAAGCGCAUUCAUGACUAAAUGGUCCCUUGGGGUCUCGACUUAAUCUGCAUAAAAUAUCGUCCAUAGAUUGUCAAAAAAAAAAAAAAAUUGUUUGUCAAUUGACUGUCCGAUUUAGGGUGCAGUUUAGAAGUCUGUGUAUUAGGAUAUGGUUGCAGUGAGUCAACCACUUUGAAGAUUUUACGAUCUUGCGUUUUAACAAAUUCACGAACAUUCAAGUAUUUUUACCACAAUUGCAAUUGUGGAUUGCAAUUUUCUCUUAAUGGCACAAUAUUCCCGGAUUCAGUUUAUUUUAUUUACAACAAUUUUGGAAAAUUCCCGCAGCAAAUUCAGUCACUUUUGGCCACAACAAUUACAACCAACCGUCGCAAAAUCCUGGAGGAGGGAUAUUUUCAUCUGCUGCCUCAGCAUAAUAUGCUAUUCACACAUUAGGUUAAACUAAUACCCCGACUGAAUUAUGCACUCAAGAGAGGCAAUGCAGAGGCCAUUCGAACGCCUCGCAGUACAGAUGCAAGAUAUUUUGGGAGAUGAGGGAAUUUUGAAGAGGGUGAUUCAACCUGGAGAUGGACCUCUUGUUCCAAGGGACGCGUCGGUAUCAGUAAAUCUUUCGGGAUACCUUGAAUACUGCGAUGACCCUUUUGAGACCACCAAGAAAUUGAAACAUCCUAGAAUGAUGAAACUAGGAAGAGACGUGACUCUGUGGGGGCUGGAGGUGGGCCUCCUGACCAUGAAGAAGGGCGAGUUGGCGCACUUCCUCUUCAAGCCCAAAUAUGCUUAUGGGGAAAUGGGCUGCCCACCACUGAUACCAUCGUCUGCCACAGUGUUUUAUGAGGUUCACGUGAUUGACUUUUUGGACUCAGCCAAAGUUGAUGAAUUCUUUGCACUGGCACCGGAGGAGCAGGCCACUGUCCCUUUGGCCACAGUGCUUGAAGUUGUCAGCAAUCAGCGCUUUUUUGGGAAUCGCUGCUUCAGACAGAGUCGCUAUGAGGACGCCAAAGACCGUUACAAACAGGGCAUCACACUCCUUCAGAACCAUGAGGCUCAGAGUCAAGAGGACAAGAGGAGUGUUGAGGCUGCACAGGUGCCCAUCCUGCUCAAUCUGUCCCUGACCUACUUUCGUCUGGAGAGGCCCACCACGUCCUUGAAGUAUGGGCAGAGGGUUUUGGAAAUGGACCCCAACAAUGCCAAAGCGCUCUACCGCUGUGGCCAGGCUUAUCUUGAGCUGGGAGAUUAUGAAAAGGCUGCAGAUUGCCUUACAAAGGCACAGGUAAAAAUGCCAUUCAAUAAGGACAUCAACAAGCUACUGAUGAAACUUCAAGAGUCCUACAGUGACUGCUUGGGGAAAGAGAGAGAAAUGUGCUCCAAGAUGUUUGCGAACCUGAAAGUGUCAUCAAGAGACUGAAAGUAAAAGCAUGGGUUGGUCCGUGAAAAUAUAAAUCUUUAAGGAUAAUUUUUCAUUUCACCUUAAGCCAAUGUAUUAGUCAGUUACAAUGAUGGAGAAGCCACUCUGAAAGGGAAAAGAUAUUUUGAUACCUUGGUUUAGUUUAGCCUUUCGCAUAUUCAUAUGUAUGCACACUCGUAAUCUAUCAUAAAUGAGACAGUGAAAAUGCAGAAUUUCUCGUUUGCCUAUUUUAUUGCGUGAACUACAUCAGAGCUAUUAAUUAAUAGAAAUAAAUCGUAAAAGGGUAAGUCUCUCUCUCAUAGAGGAGUUGUGGUCUAACACAUAAGAGAUAGUCUUCCAGGGCUGGAAUGAAUCGUAAAAAGGUUACUAGUCAACCAAUCUGCUUAAUGUGUUAAAACCAUUAAUUUGUUUAGCUGUCCUAUAUUCUUAAUAACUGGCAUUUGGAAUCAACUGCAGGCUGUUCAGUUCAGUUCUUUCACCAGACAAACCUCAAGUUCUUUAUUUUCUCCUUUUUCAAUGAUGUUUGGAAGUUUAUAUUUUACUUUUACAGUAUUAUAGUUGUUUGCAUACAACUGCAACCCCUUUUCUGUUCUUCAGAGAACAUCACAGAUCCACUUGUAUGGGAAUUAAAGAUGUGGUAUGGUGCCAUUUCAGUGUACGCAAUUGCAGUACCAACCAAACAACGUGUAUUGUAAACAUUGUACUCAAAUGUAGUUGGGGGAGAGACUGAGCUUUUUCUCUAUUACAUUUGACUUAAUUUUGAAGUUUCAAAACACUUCUGACAGUUGCUCUGUGAAAUCUGGUUUGCUCUUUCCUGCAGUUGCUAGACAUGGGCUCUGGGGGGCAGCAUUGUCCCUUGGCUCUCCAUUGAAAGACAUGGGGGCCCUGGCAAACAUUGACAGCCAACGUUCACUUCUGCUCCUUGCUGUUUUUAUUUCUUUACAUUGAUUAGUCCUCUGCCUUACUGCCCACUCUUCCCUCACUCAUUUGCUUUCUAGCCAUUGUUGGUACCAUACCUAUGAUGAGAGCUUUAAUUUCGUCUCCUGGUAUCGAUUAAACCCUUAAAAACUCAUCUCUGUUAAAAUGGCUUGGAUGUAACUCUACACCAUAAAGUAUUUGCAGACCUAUAAAUAUGCAAACAAACUACACCUGGCUUUCCCUCUGGUGGCUCUCGUUUAGCCGUAGCCUUAUGCUAAUGAUAUCUAAAGACCCACAGUGCAAGUUGACUGAGUUGGUUCCUUAGCCGUGUGACUUCCAAGACUGUCUUUGGUACAGAUGCAAGCUCAAACUCAUACAGAUGAUAUUUCAGCAGGGCUUCACUACUAACUUUUACUAACUUACUAAUGAUGUGAAAAUGAACCAUCACCUUUUCAAACAGAAUGAAAAUGUCAUUUUAUGAUGAAUUCAAACCAUUUCUAUUUGUGGAAGGUUAAAGCACGCCCACUAGUCACCUGGUCCUCUACAAUCACAUACCCCUUAGUGGUGGAGUCUAGUGAGGUACAUUUGAAGGUACAUAGGCACAUUUGUCAUUUGUCAUUUUUGCCUGUUUAAGUUGAUUGAAACCUCAGUAAAUAUUCUAAAUGUGUCUAGUUCACCUGGUUCUCUACAAUCACAUACCCCUUAGUGCUGAAGUCUAGGGACCUCCAGUUGAUCACAUUGCCAUCAGUCUUCUGUGGAGUGCGGUUCAUGUAUAAAGCAAUCUCAGGAUAAGGAAGAACUGAAUCCCACAUGUGCACAUCUGUAAUCAUUCCCACAAAAGACUGUGCUUUGUCAAAUGUUCCCCCGUAACUGUCCUGCUCUUGACCCAGGAUAAUACUGGGCAUUCCAGAGAUGUCACCGCUUCGACGUAUCCCUUUUCUCGUGCUUGGUUUCCCAUUGACCCAAAGCUGGACAAUACCAGUUUGGGAAUUCCAAGUGGCACAGACAGAAUUCCACUGAUUUGGGAUGUCUU